UGAUGAUGAGUGUAGCCCCAGCAGCGCCACCUGUCAGUGUCCAUCAGUGCCUUGUGUCAGUGCUCAUCAGUGCCACAUCAAUACCACAUAUCAAUGCCUACCAGUGCACAUCAAUGCCACAUAUCAGUGCCCAUCUGAGCUGCCUUUCAGUGUCUCCCAUCAGUGCGCGUCAGUGCCGCCUAUCAGUGCGCGUCAGUGCCGCCUAUCAGUGCGCGUCAGUGCCGCCUAUCAGUGCGCGUCAGUGCCGCCUAUCAGUGCGCGUCAGUGCCGCCUAUCAGUGCCGCCUAUCAGUGCCAGUCAGUGCCACCUAUCAGUGCCAUCAGUGCCGCCUAUCAGUGCUGCCUGUCAGUGCCAUAUAUCAGUGCCCUGUAUCAGUGCUGCCUUUCAGUGCCCAUCAGUGAUGCCUGUCAAUGCCCAUCAGUGACACCUACCAGUGGCACCUCAUCAGUG